AUGGAAAAUCCCCAAGAAGAACACUGGGUUGCAGUUAAGCGUAUCUUUCGCUACCUACAAGGCACCAAGACGCAUGGAAUUUGCUACAAGCCAAGUGCAAGGAUCGACUUCCGUGGAUAUUCGGAUGCGGAUUGGGCUGGUGAUCUUACCGACCGCAAGUCAACAUCGGGGUACACGUUCAUGCUACUCGGUGCGCCAGUCAGUUGGGGCAGCAAGAAGCAGCCAAGUGUUUCGUUGUCCACGAGUGAAGCCGAAUACAUCGCACUCAGCUUGGCGAUUCAAGAGGGCAAGUGGAUUCAUCGUCUGCUUUGUGAGAUCGUGAUGGCUGCCAAUGAAGAAGGACCGGAACUCAUGAUCCAUGAAGACAAUCAGUCGUGUAUCAAGAUGACGAAGAACCCAGUCAACCACGGCCGUGCCAAGCACAUUGAUAUCAAGUACCAUCACAUCCGUGAUGAGGUCAAGCGCGGUGAAGUGAAGCUCAAGUACUGUGAAACUGCGGUGAUGUUAGCGGACAUCAUGACGAAGGGACUUCACGGGCCACGCCACAAGGAGAUGACGGCGACUCUCGGGAUUCGUGAGCAUUCGGAUUGA